AUGGGACGUGCCGGAGCCAUGUGUGACGGUGGCGUCCUGGUGAUUGUGCUUGUCCUGCUGCUGGCCACUGUGGCUGUCUGGUGGGCCGUUGGCCACUGGCAACCACGGAGGCGGCAGGCACGGACAUCAAAGAGGCGCAAGCGCCCCGGGGUGCAGCCCAGAGGCUCACGGAGGAAGCGAGGAGCCCCUGUGGCUCCCAGGUCCUCCAGGCCUCGGGCGACCCCUCGCAAGCGGCCACGUGCUCCCGCGAGCCCCCUGCACAGCCCCUGCAGCUGCGGCCCCUGCGUGGCAGUGGCCCAGGAGCUGCAGGAACUGAUGCUGCUGCUCUGGGCUCGCAAUGGGACGUGGGUGCCGCUCUACUCUGGGAUGUGGCAGGCGUUGUGGAAAGAACUGGAGGAGCUGACGCUCAGUGAGCCCUGUCAGCCUGCAGAAGGUGCAGAGCCUGUGCACAGGUCUCCCAGCUCCCUUGGACUCAGGGACUUCAACAAUACGGGCGCAACCCUGACAACUGAUGUGGCCAGGGAAAGACCAGAAGUCCAAGUGGGAGCCCAGCCCGAUCCAGGGGAGCCUUCUCAGGAGCAGGUGGCGGAGCAGCAAGUGAGCUGGAGCCAGCAGUUGGCGGCCCACAGCUCCCAGGACGCUGUGCCGGCUGUGCCAGCUGGCAACAGCCCGUGCCUGGUGGCGGAGACGACCCUCAAGAGACCCAGGAGGUUCCUCCAUCUCCAGGAAGCUGCUCCGAGACGGCCACCGACUACCAGGAAGGCCUUUCUGGUAGCAGCUGCUCCUGACACCCCCCUGUGCGAGUCCUCGGGCUGUAGCCCCGGCCGUCCUCAACAGCAGAGUCCAGCCCACGACGCCGGGGACAGCGACGGUGCCGCCCUGCCCCGCUGCCCUCCGGCUCCUGCAGCCGCCUCUGCGCGCUCCCCUGCCCCAGCUCUGCCGCUCGCCAGCCCGACGGCCGCAAGGCGGUGGCCGCUGCCCGGCGCGCAGCAGGAAGCAGGGCAAAAGAAGAAGCUGCAGGAGCUGUACCAGCUGGGCCCGCAGCUGGGCAGCGGUGGCUUCGGCACCGUUUUCUCGGGCAUCCGCCUCUCAGACGGGAGCCCGGUGGCCAUCAAACGCGUGGCCCGGGAGAGCAUCCUGCAGUGGUACGAGCUGCCCGACGGCACCCGUGUUCCCAUGGAGAUCGUGCUCAUGGAGAAGGUGGGCUCUGGCUGCCACAACAUCAUCCAGCUCCUCGACUGGUUUGAGCUGCCUGACAGCUUCCUGCUGGUGAUGGAGCGUCCGGAGCCAUCGCAGGAUCUCCUGGCCUUCCUGCUGGAGCAGGGGUUCCUGUGCGAGGAGAUGGCGCGCUGGCUUUUCUGCCAGGUGCUGGAGGCCGUGCGGCACUGCACCGCCUGUGGCGUCCUGCACCGUGACAUCAAGCCAGAGAAUCUCCUCGUGGACCCGGAGAGUGGCGACCUGAAGCUCAUUGACUUCGGUUGCAGCACCUUCCUCCAGGAGCAGGCCUUCACGCGAUUUGCCGGAACACACAUGUACAGCCCACCCGAGUGGAUCUGCCUUGGCUGCUACCACGGCCAUUCAGCGACCAUCUGGUCCCUGGGCGUGCUGCUGUACAUCAUGGUCUGUGGGAACAUGCCCUUCCUGCAGGACCGUGACAUCGUGUCGGGGCAGCUCUUCUUCUGGCAGCAGGUCUCUCCAGAGUGCCAACAUCUGAUCCGCUGGUGUUUGUCCAAGCACCCCGCGGACAGGCCAGCACUGGAGGAGAUCUUGCGCCACCCUUGGGUGUGGGGCAGGCGUCUUUGAUGCCUUGCCGGAGCCUCUGCAGCACCCGGUUACCGAGUCCUAUGCAGGACUGAGGACCCGAGAAAUAAAACAACCACAAACCCA